AUGUACCCCGCACCGUGCUUCCAUCUCCCGGCCGUCGAGUUAUAUAUACUCCGAAUCGCUGCUUCGAGAGAGGUUACCACAGCUGAGGAAGAUUGGAAAUGCCGUUUGCACCCACCCGCUCUACCAACUGACGAAAUAACCUGGAUAUGUUCAGAAUGCGGAGAUUGGAUGUGUAAACCUAGCGUAGAAUUGCCAAAGAUCAACAUGACCCUGCACGAAGCACUCCAGAAUCCCGUUUUAGGAAUAUCUGAGCCGUUAUGCGACGAUCUGGUGGAUGCUAAGAAUUUAGUCACUGAGCUGAAAUUUGUUGACAUAGAUUACUCUAUGUUUAAAAAUAUCAAGACAGAACCACUGGAUGAGCUUGCUGGUAUUGAGAGAGGAUACGAACAGUAUUUAGAUCAGAAUUUUGUUUCUGAUGAAGAAUCGCCGUCAAAUAGCGAAGAUUCGAUGUCACAGGACUCACGACCGUACAGUCUUGGAAGUGACGACGCCGGAGACUUCUUUUUACCGUUACUGAAUACACUGCCGAAAAAAUUCGAUCCCACGACCUUCAAAACCCUGAGAGAAUUUAGACCGGCAUUAAAAAGGCACAAGGAUAAGGAUUCGAACGAAGGCACGCCUGAAAAACAGUUCAAGCCUUCUUCUAGCGAACCUCAGCCUUCGACUUCGACAGCCACAGAUGAGUCAAAAAACGUAAAACUUGCCACAUUGCGCCAACUUCGUGGGCAAGUGGCAAAGGAAAUGAAAUUCAUCCAGAUAAAAUCUGGAUAUCAGCAGCUCUCAGAAGAAAGUUCUCAUAAGCAUACCCAAGGAAAGAAUAAAAAUGUCUCAGGUCAUUGCUCAAUACCCGCCACGAAGUCAACCAAGAACCAUUACGCGGAAGCAUACGCCUCUGAUACUAAAAUCAUCAAAGUCAACUCAUCAAAUCAAGGUAGUACCUCCAAGCUCCCAGAAAGAAACCAGUACUCCGCUCUCAUUGGAACAGAAAUUACUGCUGCGCUCUCGGCAAACGCAACCAGUGCUGGAAAACCCAAUCAACGAGGUGGCACCAGUGGAUUCGCAAUGGAAACUCAGUCUCAAACGCCAGCUAUCGGCCAGCAGUUGGUACGCAACACGAUACCACAAAGUUUGAUAAGCCCACAACCAAUCAGCAAGACUCUGCAAGUUCACGACACCCAACCCAACACCUCAAAAGGACCGAGUACACCACAGCCUGUAAGGAACGACAAAAUUACGGAUCCUCAGCCCAGCACCUCAAGGAAACCACUAUUACUACGAGUGAAAACACCUGUGUGGCUCAGUACAGCGGAUGUACCUCAACCUCGGGGAACCAGCUCAGAAUUAAUAAUCGCAAAAAGUCAAGCGGUUUUACCCCAGACCAGCAAAGCAUCAACAGCAGUGACACCUUCCAAACAGCGAGCCAACAUUCUGCAACCCAAGGUGAUUACCUUGGCUCAGCAUCAGCCAUGCCUAUUUCAGGAAACCAGUUUACUAUCAACAUUCCCAGAACUCCAGGCAGAAGUACCUGCGGCCAGCCUAGUAAAAACUACGGCCAAGGAGGUCAGUCUGCCUCAGCCAAGGGAACAUCAGGGAUCCAGUUCCAAAUCAGUUCUGAGAAGCAAAGCGGUAGUAUCUCCAAUUCCAGUCAACGUGGUCACUCUUCCUAUACCAGUGGUACCUCCGGGGAGUACUCCUCGAGUAAAGACGCUCUCUAUCCUUCAGAUAGUGCCGCCUCGAACAACAAACGCACGGGCAGUACCCCAGCCACCAUCUGUCAGUCCGCAUUCAACAACAAGACUUACUUCACCACCAGUAGUACAAAAAAUGACUGUCAAACGUCAAAUUUUGGAUAUGCCACAACAAAUAGCUUAUGUGACUCAGCAAGAAGUCAGUCAUGUAGUGGCCAGGGAUAUGACACAACAGGAAUUAACAUCUGCCAAGCCUCAGGAAGUCAGUUUAACGUUGAAGGAUAUGGCUCAACAUGACCUCCAGACUACGUCUCAGAAUAUUCGAGAACCCAGUCCUUCAAACAGUCAGACUCUAACAGAAGCUGGGACGAGGGGGAUGGACCGACUUAUACAGGCAGCUCGAAAUUUCGAUGCUCGCCAAAAGGAGAAGCACAAUAUAACCGUUCAGAAGCAGCGAAUCCAAGCAGGCGACCUCCAGGACACACAACUCAUACUACAGGCCUCGCCAGAAAUGAAGUGCACGCUACAGGAAGUCGGCCAGGGUCAACCAUCUUCAUCAACUCAGGCAGCAUCGUUACAAAAGGACAUCCCAAUCGCGUCUCCCAUGAAGACACAUCAGAUAUUAACAGAAAUCUAUCCUUGGAGGCUAGAAGGGAGCAGACUGAGCACACCAUCCCCAGAAUUUGCUCAGUUAGUGCAACAGAUAACAACAGAGGUUCACAAUCCUUCGACGUUGCAGGAGGACAGCCCGGUUCAACAAAUAGAGACCAGUCCACCUCAGUUGCCACUAGAGGACUUGAUGGAUCAACUGUCUUCCUUACAAGAAACUGAUCCAACAUCACCAUAUAUCAAUCCGCCUCGAUCACUGCCAGAGGAACUAUUUCAGAUCUAA